UUUAUUCUUCUGAGAUCUUUUGGAUUUCCAACGAGAUUGAACUGUCGAUGGGCCUCACUAUACAUCUCCAAUUUAGUGGAGGAAUGGAACUCCUCUUCAAUAACGAAAAGGAAAAGACCGUGACUCUCCCAGAUACCUUUACUCCAGCCCUUGCAACCCUCAAGGAUCUUCUACCAUGGAUGCGUGACAACCUGCUCAGCGAGCGCGCUGAACUAUUCAUGCAAGGAGACACGGUACGCCCCGGAAUCUUGGUAUUGAUCAAUGACGCGGACUGGGAAUUGGAAGGGGAGCUUGAAUAUGUACUGAAGGACGAUGAUACGAUAGUCUUCAUAUCAACGUUGCACGGCGGGUGAACGACCAGUCCAUCAGGUCCGGUUGCUGAGAACCUUGAUACAUCCGGGGACAUAGGAAAUCUGAUAGUAGUUUUGUCACAAAGGGAAAUCGAAUAGGAUUGGAAGCAUGGACAACGGCAGUAGAUAGGAUAGUGGAUGACAUUGCCAUCAUUCGCAGCUAUCUAGCGAUAGGAACCUACUUAGGCCACUCUAUAGUUUAAUAAACAAACAGCAACAACUGGCUAGAUAAACGAA